AUGAAUGAAACAUUGAACACAGAAAGUCUGCUAGGUAAGAGGAUUGAAAUAGACGAGUUUGAUGCAAAUUUGGCGUAUGAUGUUGAUGAACGCCCACCGUGGUUUGUUACAGUAACAACAGCAUUCCAACAUACAUUUCUAUGCGUUGGAGCUGUAUUAGCAAUUGUCACAGUACUUUCUGAUGUAGUAUGUGCAGAUUUGAACGACCCUGUACGGUCCAUCUUAUUUAGUUCUUCCAUUCUGGUAAUUGGACUUUCUACAGCUAUCCAGUCUUACUUUGGUCUCAGGUUACCAGUUUUCCAAGGUGCUUCAUCAUCAUUUAUGGUACCACUUAUUGCUUUGCAAAGCUCAGAUACAUGGAAAUGUCCAUCAGAUUUGAAAGUUUCAGAAAGUAAUAUAACUAAUGUAACAACAAGCAACAUUUCAAAUUCACUGACGACAAACAUUGUAUACAGUAGAUUAACAGAACUCCAAGGAAGCCUAAUAGCAGCCUCUAUGUUUGAAGUUGUAAUUGGAUUAACCGGAUUAAUUGGCCUUUUGAUGAAAUUUAUAUCACCAAUCACGAUCGGAGUAACACUCUUCUGUUUAGGAUACUCACUGUAUCCUGUAGCUAUUUUCCUGUGUAAAGCACAUUGGGGUAUAUCGCUUGUUGGUUGCGGAAUCACUGUUUUGUUUUCUGUGUACAUGUCGCAUAUUAAAGUUACUCUUCCAAACUGCAAUCGGAAGUCAGAGAAGAAAUCAAAGCCAUAUCCGGUUUUUCAAGUAUUUCCGGUUCUUUUCACUCUGAUAAUAAUGUGGGUUGUGUGUGCUGUAUGUACGAAAUUAAACGUCUUUUCUAAUGAUCCUGAUGAUAUGUCGUUCAAAGCAAGAACAGAUGUUAGAAACAAAGUGAUCCAAGACACGCCUUGGAUUCUUAUUCCUUAUCCAGGUCAAUUUGGAACACCUAAAUUCAACACAGCAAUUUUCCUUGGAUUCUUAAUUUCUGUGAUUACAUCAGUGAUCGAAUCAGUUGGGGACUACAUAGCAACAGCACGCGUCUGUCAUGCAUAUCCUGUACCCAGGCAUGCGCUGAACAGAGGAAUAGCUAUAGAAGGAAUAUUUAGUGUAAUAUCUGGAACUCUCGGUACCGGUCACGCAACAACAUCCUACAGCACGACAGUAUCACUCCUUGGAUUGACCAAAAUAGGUAGCAGAAUAGUCUUGGUCGUCUCCGGAAUAAUGGCAGUCGUUUUAGCAAUUAUUGGAAAAUUUGGAGCUGUAAUGACGUCAGUACCUGAUCCAGUAUUAGGAGGCAUUACCUUUGCUAUGUUGGGAGUACUCUGUUCUCUUGGCAUUUCUGCGUUACAAAACGUUGAACUCAGAUCCAGCAGAAACUUGUCUGUAAUUGGAAUUUCUUUAUAUUUUGCAGUGGUGUUUUCGGAAUGGCAACGAAAAUUUCCGGAUUCAUUGAAAACAGAUUCGGACCAACUAAAUCAAAUUGUUAAGGUUACCAUUGGCAACGCCAUGUUCAUAGGAUUUAUUGUUUCUUUGAUAAUGGACAACACAGUGAGAGGUACCGAUAGGGAAAGAGGUAUAUUGAAUGAAGAUGAAUUUUCGGCGAUAAAUAAGCAGCUGUUAGUUAAUGAUGAUCACGUGAUACCCCGAUCUCGAUUAUUUGACCUUCCAUUUGUUAGUCGACUGCAAAAUAGCUGUAAGCCUCUUCGUCACGUGCCAUUUUUACAACCAUAUAUAGAUUCGUAUGAUGUGACUGUUAAUGGAUCAAAGCAAUAUGCGUAAUUUGUAUAACGAA